AAACACACUCACACUUCACUUUUAACUAACACCAUAAAUUCAACUACUCUUAUAAAUGGCUUCGCCAAAUACAACGCAAUCCUAUAAAUAUACCACUCCCAAACAAGAUUAUUUCGCUACAUAUACCCAAAUUUAUUUAAAAUGAAGACGCUUGGCCGCGUCAAAUGCCCGAAUCCCGUCUUCGUCCUCGUCCUCGUCCUGGUCCUGAUUCAGGGCAAUGCCGCGGCCGCGUCGUCCAAGAGCCAGUUCCUGGCCGUGCAGAACGCGGCCAGGGCGGCGCUGGGGCUGCCGCCGCUGGCGUGGGACCGGCGGAUAGCGCGGUAUGCGGCGGCGUACGCGCGGCGGCGGCGCGGGGACUGCGAGCUGCGGCACUCGGGGGGGCCGUACGGGGAGAACAUCUUCUGGGGGAGCGGGGGCGCGUGGACGGCGGCGAAGGCGGCGGCGGACUGGGUGGGGGAGCGGCGGCAGUACAGCUACAAGUCGAAUUCGUGCGCGGACGGGCAGCAGUGCGGGCAUUACACGCAGAUUGUGUGGCGGGAGACGGCGAGGAUGGGCUGCGCCAAGGUGGUGUGCGACGGAGGGAAGGGUGUUUUCGUCAUUUGCAACUACGAUCCGCCGGGGAAUUACGUUGGGGAGAGGCCGUAUUGAUUAACUUCGUUACGCUACACUAUACCGGUAUAUAUGAUUUUUGAUAAAUUAAUACUAAUACAUAUAUAUAUAUAUAUAGUUUGUAAUUUUAUUUUAUUUUGACUUUUUUGGGUGGUUUGUAACUAUGUAUAUAGGACAUAGCGGUACUAAUGAGGUGUAUGCAAAAAAAUGAGAAACGGAGAUGAAUAUGGUGAUAUUAUAAUUAAGUCGGUGCAUCCUUGUAAGACUAAUGUUUUAUUUUUUUAGAUGGGUAAAAUGUUAUAUAGCGUGUGACUGCUUUUACUUGAA